CGUAGUGUAGUGUAGUGGUGGCCUUCCAGCGGUUGCCAGUUGCAGAGGUGCGACUUGUGCGAGUGGCUGCGUUGCGUCUUAAACUUUUUACGGUUCAGGGCUUAUAAUGGGUUCUCUCAUGAUGGCGUUCCUCAUUCUUGCGCUGUUUUCGGUUGCCUACGCCGACUAUGCCAUGGAAGGAGAAACCUUCUCUCUGAAGUGCGAGUCCGCGGACCCGGUGCAGUACUGGAUGCUGCACGGCAGGGGCGCGGCGUAUGAGGCGGGCCUCACAUACGAGGAUAUCGACAUCAGCGUCGACAGCGACGGUGUCCUCCACUUCGCGGAUGUUAAGACAGAACACGCGGGCGACCACCUCUGCGUGACACGGACCUCUGGAGUCGCUGGCGGCACACGAGGCGUAACCGUCGCCAUGAAAGUUCGGCCACGGCCCUCCGAGAACCUCUGGCAGGACAUGUACAAGGCGCAGUUCGUGACGGCGCUCAUCUCAGCGCUGGUGUGCGCCUUCGUCUUCACCGCGGGCUGCCUGGUCUUCCGCUACCGCUACAGAGAACCCAAGCCUGUGCUUCUCAACGGGGCAGACGAAUUGGGCCACAACAACCCUGCUUUGGAUAUCGACUCGGAAUCUUUCAACACGAAGAUGUAGCUCUAUCAAUACAAUUAAAAUCAUUUAAAUAAAAUUAUUUCGCUCAAAAAAACGUCGACUGGAAAUGCGAUAAUUCAAAGAAAUAAAAUAAUAAUAGUCAUAGUUUGAUUUCUUUGGAAAUGCUGUACAUUGUGUACAAGCCCUCGAAAUUGAAAGCGAAUGCAAAAGUCAAAAACAAGUUUUGGUCGAGAUGAAAUUCCAAACAGGAACAGACGUGGAGAAAAUGAUCUUAUCAUCAAUAUGUGAAAACGAUGUUUCUUUCUAUCGUCGAAUCCUUCCGGCCACGAACCAACCUUUUAAUUUAAAAUUAUGUAAUGUAUUGUUUACGCUUAUGUUGAAUACAUUCAUGUCUCAAAAUUUCUUUUAUGACAUUUAUUGUAAUGUGAAUUUAUUGAUUGCUUUAGCUGAUUAUAACAUCAAUAUGAACGUAUAUGUGUAAGUCUCUUUAGAAAUCGACAGCAAAUUAGAAGAAUUUUUCAUUUUAAGUGUUUUAGAAAUGUUUUGCAAUUAA